AUCUGGACCAGCGCAUUUCUGAUUUGCAGAUACCUACGAUUGAGUAUAAAAGAAUCAUAGUAAUCUUUGGUUUUCAGGUCUGGAAUUUGUAUAGCUUUUGAAAAGGACAGCAAGUGUGCGCCUCGGUCCUUUUGUUCCUAAAGCAGGUCCCAAUCUGUAAGUGAGUGACUGACGUGGGGGAGGCAUCCUUGUGUCUCUGUCAUUUGAGGCAUGCAAAUGACAACUUACCCCCUUUUAUCUGAAUCAGGUUAUGACCCUGCCGCUCAAAGCCUAGGUUAUGGUCGUUUAUUUAUCUCCAGCAAAGUCAAUGGCGCCAUGUUCUUCCUGCAGGGGAGGGGCAGGGAAAGAGGGAGACACGGCACGUGAACUCUAACCCAGCGGGGACAAGAAAGGCUGCCGGCUGGCCAACUGGGAAUGGGAGUCCAGGAGGUGGCCGUGGCAUGGGGCUGCUCCGGCCUCCCUCACCUGCGGGCAGGACGCCCCUGCUUUUCCAGUUCAUACCACAGCCCUCUGGUCGCCUGCUGUGCCCCGGAGAAAACGGCCCGCUUGGGAACUCGCCUCACUGGCUCCUGUGCCUGCCGGGUCUCUAAGGAGACUGCUCAGUGCCUGGUCGACUCCUCUGUGUUCUGGAAAGUAUGGUCUUGUGUGUGAAAGUGGGUCAGAGUUCUGAGCUUAGCUGCCUAAAAAGGUAUUAAAAAAAAAAGGAAAGAAAGGAAAGUUAAGGGAUGGGACACGUCACAAAAUACACACUGUGCUAGGUCAAAUAUUUUCUUCUUCAUUCUUGGCGUUAUUUGCUGCUGGUUUUCUCUUUUUUGAUGUUUGUUUAUUUAUUUUUAAUUUUUUUAAAUUUACUCAUUUUGAGAGAGAGAGGAAGAGAGUGCCCCUGGAGGAGGGGCAGAGAGAGAAGUCAUCAACAGAGAAUUCCAAACGGGCUUCGCUCUUAGCACGCAGCCUGAUGCGGGACUCGAACCCACGAACGACGAAGUGAUUGAGAAGAAACCAUCAGCACCUUCCUGCUAUAGACCGGACAGCAUGGAUCAGCCAUUUACUGUGAAUUCUCUGAGAAAGCUAGCUGCCAUGCCUGACCACACGGAUGUUUCCCUCAGCCCGGAAGAGCGAGUCCGUGCCCUGAGCAAGCUUGGUUGUAAUAUCACCAUCACGGAGGACAUCACCCCACGCCGCUACUUUAGAUCCGGAGUAGAGAUGGAAAGGAUGGCUUCGGUGUAUAUGGAAGAAGGAAAUUUGGAAAAUGCCUUUGUCCUUUAUAAUAAAUUUAUAACCUUGUUUGUGGAAAAGCUUCCCAGCCAUCGAGAUUACCAGCAGUGUGCGGUACCUGAAAAACAGGAUAUUAUGAAGAAACUGAAGGAGAUUGCAUUCCCAAGGACAGAUGAAUUGAAAAAGGACCUUUUAAAGAAAUAUAACGUAGAAUACCAAGAAUAUUUGCAAAGCAAAAACAAGUACGACGCCGAGAUUCUCAAACGACUGGAGCAUCAGAGCCUGAUCGAGGCCGAGAGGAAGCGGGUGGCUCGGAUGCGCCAGCAGCAGCUGGAGUCGGAGCAGUUCCUGUUUUUCGAAGACCAGCUCAAGAAGCAGGAACUGGCCCGAGGGCAGAUGCGCAGCCCGGAGCCCCCCGCGCUGUCCGAGCAGAUCGACGGCAGCGCCGCGUCCUGCCUGUGCCCGCGCCACAGCCCUUCCCUGCUGCACGUCUCCGCGGACCAGCCUGGCAAAAGCGAUGCGGCCAAUUCCGCCAGCCACUCGCCCCCCGUCAACAGGGCUCUGAAGCCCGCGGCCACUCUGAGCGCCGUGCAGAAUUUAGUGGUUGAAGGACUGCGCUGUGUAGUUUUAUCCAGAGACCUCUGCCACAAAUUUCUGCUGCUGGCAGAAUCUAAUACAGUGAGAGGAGUAGAAACGUGUGGAAUACUCUGUGGAAAACUGACGCAUAAUGAAUUUACUAUCACCCAUGUGAUUGUGCCAAAGCAGUCUGCGGGGCCGGACUACUGUGACGUGGAGAAUGUAGAAGAAUUAUUCAGUGUUCAGGACCAACACGGCCUCCUCACGCUCGGAUGGAUCCACACACAUCCGACCCAAACUGCGUUCUUGUCCAGUGUUGACCUUCACACUCACUGUUCCUACCAGCUCAUGUUGCCAGAGGCCAUCGCCAUUGUUUGCUCACCGAAGCAUAAAGACACGGGCAUCUUCAGGCUGACCAACGCCGGCAUGCUCGAGGUUUCUGCCUGUAAAAAGAAGGGCUUUCACCCACACACCAAGGACCCCAGGCUGUUCAGUAUAUGCAAACAUGUGUUGGUAAAAGACAUAAAAAUAACCAUGCUGGAUCUAAGGUGACGUGUUCUGAAGAUUAGUACCGUCAACACCGGACAUCUACCCAUGGACGCGUGGUUGCCGAAUUUUCUUAAGAUGUUUCCUGAAGUGACUGAUAUUUUAUAUUUAUACGUUUUAGAUCAGAAAGUUUGAUAUUUAUUGCUCCUGCACAUUUUGAAGUUCUCUUUUUGAGUUGCCCUGUCUCCGGAGAGGUCACAGUGCUUUUACGUCGGUACCUGUGAAUGUACUCAAAUACCAUGACCAGAUAAUAAAUCGUGCUGCAAACAACAAUA